AUGGUGAUAUCUGAUGAUCGCGUUCGGAUGGAUCGUCGGUAUGACUGGGUAGGACCGCCACAUCCAGUAUCAAAAAUCAGGCCAAUUAAGCUUCGAAGAGUAGACAAUGAAUCAGAUUUAGAGCGGCAGUAUCGUCAGGCACGGGAAGAACUAAACAGGUGGAGCUCAUCAUUUUGGGAGAAGCACAACACUUUAUUUGACAUCAAAAAAGCUGAGUUUAUUGAAAAGCGAAAAAAGGAAAUUGGACGUAUAGAACAGGUGUCGGCAAAUGAUUUAUCCACAUUCUACAAGGACUUUCUUGAUUCCGAACAUGCUAACUUGAUAGCAUAUAACAAAGAAUGGUAUCAUCGAAAUCUCGCACUGUGUUGGCCUGCCCUCAAAGUGAAUAUGAUUCGAUUCAUGCGAUUAUUGAAGAGAUCAUGA